AUGGAACAGGUUUCAUAUCAACUCCAGUCGCUAGGCCCAUUGGCGAACGUCGAUGAGACGAGGCAGUGGCUGACUAACAAUAGGUUCGCUCCUUAUGUCUCUCUCUUUGCUAAUUAUGGAGGUACUGACCUACUGCGAUUAAGUCGUAAAGACUUGAUGGAUCUGUGUGGCCCCGCUGAUGGAAUAAGACUAUACAAUGCACUUCAUAUCAGGUCUGUUAAGAGAAUAUAUAUAUCAUUUGAAGAAGGCACAGCGUAUAAUGCCAUUUUUUUGGAAGAACUCACAGCUGCACACUUUAAAGACUGUAUUGCCAGAAGGCUCUCUAUAGCUCCGUCAGUAAUCACUGCCAUUCAGUUACAGCACACUUACGGUUACGGUAUUCUUGUCAAUGUGGAUGACUUGGUUAGUAAAGCAUCAAUCUAUCAAUAA